CCUGAGUUUAAGAUGAAAUAUAAAAUUUAAAAAUAAUAAAGACAUGCCUAAGAAAAAUUCUUCGUGGGGGGUCAACACAAAAGCGGCUGAAGCACGUGAAAGAAAAAACCAACAGAAAGUAGAAGAACAAGCUGCAAAACAGAAAGCGAAAGACGAUGCUUAUUGGCUCGAUGAAAAUAAAAUGGAACAACGGAAGAAGGAGAAAAAGGAUAGAGAACAACAGAAGAAGGAAGAAUUACUUGCUAAAAAGCUAGACGCAAAAAAAUUACUGGAAGAAGAAGAGAAAGGUUUACACUCAUCUGCACCAAGCAAAGGAAAAGUUGUAACCAAAGUGACGCUGUCUGAUAUUGAAAAAAUUAAAGAAAAAGAACGAAAGCGCCGUGAACACGCAGCCAUGUUGAGAGAGAAAGAGAAAAAGAAAAUAACAGAAAACCCGGUUGUCGAAGAAGAAAACCCGAAUCGGAAAAUGGCGGAGCUGUUGGCUGAAGAAGGUGCAGUUGAAGCGAGAAGUGUGAACGAUGCAAUUUCCGUGUUAAGCAUCAGUGGCGGUGACUCUGCUGUGCCAGUUGACCGACAUCCAGAAAAACGAAUGAAAGCAGCAUAUAGUGAUUUUGAAGAACGUGAAUUACCUCGACUAAAAGCAGAGAAUCCUAACCUUAGACUUUCACAAUUAAAACAACUUUUGCGAAAAGAAUGGCAAAAGUCACCCGACAAUCCAAUGAAUAAUAGGUGAUGAGACGAACCAAUAGAAUUGUAUUUAUAUUAUAUUUGAACCAAUCAAAGAUUUAGAAUCAUUUAGAAAAAGAAAUUUUAA